AUGGUGCCUGUUGCGACGGUGACGACGAGCGCGACGCAGGCAGCGAGCGCCAGCCGGCGCACCAAUGCGGCUGUCCACUACUGCCCCAUCCCAGGUUGCAACUCGUCCUUCACCAGGAAGUUCAACCUCAACGGACAUCUCCGCUCGCACACGGGCGACAAGCCGUUCGAGUGCGGCGAGUGCGGCAAGAAGUUCGCCAGGCGACUCACACGAAUUCUCAGGCACUUUGAUCUGUCGCGCCACGAGCGCCUGCACUCGGGCAUCAAGGCGCACACGUGCGAGACCUGCGGCAAGAACUUUGCGCGCAUCGACGCGCUGCGGCGCCACCUGCGCACCGACGGCGGCAACGGCGUCGGCUGUGCUGCUCGCGCCGGCUCGACGGCUGCAGGCGGCUCGUCGCCCGGCGAGGGCAGCGAUGCGGCGCCGUCGCCCAACGGCCGCUUCGUCGGCGCGGCCAUGUAG